AUGGUUCGCCGCUCCAGAGACCCCCAGCAAGAGCUGAGUGGCCCUUGGAAGCCCGAAAGCGGCGUCUCCGCCCAACAAUCUCUCAUCCUGAGCAGAACAAUCCGGCUUCGCCCUCGCAGCGAGAUGAAGGUUGAACCUAGCGUGAUCACUGUUCCCGGCUACCACACUCCGUCCCCCAGCAGCUGGGGCGUAGCCGACGAGCUCCAGGAAGCUGCUAUUCCAGUGGAUUCGGUCUCACAACUACACAUCUACUCCUACGCACCUUCGAUUAAUCCAGAUGCCUUCACAUGGGAAGAAUUUAUGAAGACCGGCAGCGAUCUGGCGGAGGAUUUGGCACAGCUGGCUACUGAGGUCCUCUACAGUUGUGCGAGGAUAGCUGUCCAGAAGCAGCUCUCGAGACUUCCGCGCCGUGAUGUCUACCAGCUGGCGCAUCUCGCUGCCACAUUCGAGCAAAUUGCGACUAUUCCAGUCCUAUCUGUAUUCGAACAUACUGAAGCUCCAUCGGGGUUCAACAAGUUUUUUGGUAAGAGGACAAAGGCACUUGUUGACGAGCAGUUUGCUACUAUAUCAUCCGAGGCCGAGCGUCUACUUGGGGUGCACCUGAGCCACAGCGAACUUUGCAAGCUUCCUAUGCUGAGGAACCAAACCUAUUCAGCGAGGGAUUUUCUUCGCUCUCUAUUCACCGACAUGGCCAAAAGCCGAAGGUGGUCAACCUCGACCGGUCUCACAUCAGCACCCUCGAUUCCUGCCUCGAACCCUCUUAAUCCACUGAAUCUCGCGCCAAUUGACCCCGUGGAGAGCUCUGGCACAUCGAUAUUCUCUUCUAGCAGCAGGCCACGAUCAGUGAAGAUGUUCACCCGGCCAUCGUUUGAGGCUCUACCUAGUCAGACAGCUAUCAUGGAUACGAACAUUCGACGGCUUCUGGAGACGAGAAAGUGCCAUCUACCCUGCUUCAACCUGUCACACACACCAAAUCCCGACUUUGUAGGUCGCAAGGACAUUCUGGAAACAAUGGAUAGGUAUCUGCUGCCGAGUGUAUCUGACUCGAAAGGCUUGCACAAUACUCGUCUCUUCGCGCUAUGCGGCAUGGGUGGGAUUGGCAAGACCGACGUCGCCAUCCAGUACGCACACUCGAGACGAAGCAAAUUUGGAGCGGUAUUCUGGCUUGAUUCUGGUGGCAUUUCACAGUUGACAGUCGACUUUGCCCAGAUUGCAAGCCAGUUAGGACUGCUGAGCUCGACAGAGGCCGGCGAUCUCGAAAGCAGCAUCAAGAUUGCCAAGGCCUGGCUCACUUCUUCUAUGAGCACGGACAGUGACGAGAACGAGACUUGGCUGCUCAUCUUCGACAAUGCGGAUGAUCUGGACAUCAUCGCUGAUUACGUACCCUGCACUGGUAACGGCUCAGUGCUGAUAACCAGCAGAGACCCUUUCGCCAAGGAGAAUUUCUUUUCCCACGGAACCGGCAUUGAUAUGAGCCCCUUAUCGAUGGACGACUCCGCCACGCUGCUUCGGAAGCUGACCAGGAAGACGGAGGACACCUCGACUCUGGACGAGCGGGCGGCCUCAGUCACCUUGGCGACCAAACUGGACGGUUUACCGCUAGCGAUGACACAAAUGGCAGGUUUCAUCAGGCGCCGGCGAGUCUCCAUUCGGGAGUUCAUCAGCCUCUACGACACCGACGCCCGAUAUGCAGAGAUUCAUGACUUCAGCAACUAUAUCCAGAGCCAUAGGUAUGGGUACACUCUCGCUACGGCUUACAACUUUCAGGACCUCAGUCCUCAUGCUACCAAGCUUCUUCAGCUCUUGGCAUUCAUGAACCCAGAUCGCAUACAGGAGAGCAUAUUUGUCGACUCCAAGGCAGCCAAGAGCGAUGUCAAAAGCGCCUUCUGGACACCGUCGACCUUUGAGAGUGCGCGAUUUGAAUUGCUCACAUCAUCCAUUGUCAAACGGAAUAUUGAUAAGAAGGAGCUCUGGAUCCAUCGCGUGAUUCAGGCAGAGGUGCGAACACGCAUCGACGAGGCUCGGGGCUAUCAGGUGUUCAAGGAUGCCGUGGAGCUUUUGAAUGGGGUCUGGCCUCCGGGUGACCUUCUCAUGCAGGCGAAGACAAGGUGGGCGGCGUGUGAAGAUUUGAUGCCUCACUUGGAACAAUUCUACAAUCUCUACCUCGAAUACGCCAGUGUAUGGGACGACUUUGAAGUCGACAUCACAUUCCCCAGUCUACUCAAUGAGAUGGGAGUGAAAGCAAACAUCACUCAAGAGCCCUUGCUCAGCAAUAUGCACCUCACAAUGGGAGCUCUCUGCAACGGAUUACAUGAUGCUCAAGCAUCACUGGAGCAUAACAUUUUGUGCCUCACUAUUCGUAAGGAUGAGGCCGCGAAAAGAAAUCAGCCGGAUCUGCCGUUGGCUUUCGCGCAUAGCCAAAUGGGAAUCUCGUACAUGGGCGUUAAAAAGUACGCCCUCGCAACAGAGUACUUCAAGCAAAGCGUAGAGCUACUCAAGACCAUCGAUGCCGACUAUGACCAGUGGUGCUUUCCUGUCUGCAACCUCGGUCUGGCCUACUGGAUCCAAGGCGAGCUGGAUCAGGCCAAUACGCUGCUUACUGAAUAUUGGACGCGACGUCAGACAUUCUUUGGUAGAAUUGAGUCCAUAUCCUACAAGAAUGCAAGAGUCCUGCAUGCUUUGGGUAAUGUCAGGGCUAGUCUGGCAACGCAAGCAGAACGACGAGGCGAGCUCGAUGCUGCAAAGAAGCUCUGGGAAGAAGCGUUUGGGUUGCACAAGGAUUGUUUCAAUCAGUACCACUCGUCGUAUGGUACUUUCAACCGCCGCGUGGGCGAUGCCAGCCACAAGCUGGCCGAGCACUACAUCCGGCUCAGCGAAGAUGCCAAGGCAAAGGAACUACUUGAGCGUUCCUUGAGCAUAUGGGGCGAUUGGCCUUGGUUCAAGAACGAGUUGGCACGUUCGGCGUUUCUUCAUGGAACGCAUCUGCGCGACGCGGGGGACGAAGAGGAUGCUGAGGCGGGAAGAUAUUGGAUAGAAAAGGCGAUGAAGUUGCGGAGUCAAAUACUGCCUGGUGAGAAGCCGAAAGACUUGGAGCAGGCCGACUUUGACGAUCUCGUCUGCUUCUGGUCCAUCUGA